AUGGCGGUCUCGGUCUCCAUUGGUGUUCAAAUUAUCUGUGACUUGUCUCAGUACCUGAGAUGCCAAACUGGCAUUAAAUAUUGUUUCUUCUUAAUUUUGCAGGCAGAGUUGCGAGCAGCUGUUUUUUUGGCACUAGAAGAGCAAGAGAAAGUAGAGAACAAAACACCUCUGGUAAAUGAAAGUUUGAAAAAUUUUUUGAGUACAAAGGAUGGUCGCUUGGUAGCUGGUCUUGUUGCAGAAUUCCUACGAUUUUUCAAUCUUGAUUUUACAUUAGCUGUUUUUCAGCCUGAAUCAAGCACACUAAAUGGCCUUGAGGGCCGAGAAAACUUAGCGCGAGAUUUGGGAAUUAUAGAAGCAGAAGGUACUGUGGGUGGUCCCCUGUUGUUGGAAGUUGUUAGAAAAUGUCAACAGAAAAAGAUUUCAGGCAGUGGAGAGGUGGCUCCAGUUUUUAGUGAUAGUAUGUGCUCUUCAUCAAAAUCAUCUGAUGGAAGAUCAAGUACACAUCCUGUACCGAGUAAGGUUGCUGAAGCCACUCAGAGUGAUACCAGUGUCUCAUCGGGGGAAGCAACCAGAAGUAGUAUUCAUUUUCUGCCUAAUGAAACAAAGUUAGGUCCUCAACUACAAAACAAAGAUUUAAAUACCAAAGAAAAAAGUGAUCCAGGUGUGGAUGAGGAUGACGUAGAGGGAGAUUCUUUUUUUGAUGAUCCCAUCCCCAAACCGGAACGAACUUACGGCUGGAAAACUGAAUCCAAUAAAGCAGGAGGUUUAGCAUCUCUUUCUGAUGCACCACCUUUAAAAAGUGGGUUAAGCUCCCUGACUAACGCAUCUUUGCUAAAGGAGCCUGAUGAUUUGGAUAGAAACUCUGUUUUGAAAGACCUGCGGUUAGUGAAUGCAAAACUUGGAUCUCUAGAAUUAGGAAAUGGAGAUGAAGAUGAGUAUGCUGAUGACUUCAACAGUACUAGUCAUCGCUCAGAAAAAAGUGAUAUCAGUAUUGGUGAAGAAAUAGAUGAAAUUUCUGUGGAAACAGAAGACUUGAAUGCCAGUGAUAAACUUGAAGACAUCACACAAGACCUUACCAUUUCUCAGUUAAGUGAUGUUGCAGAUUAUUUAGAAGAUGUGGCAUAGAGUUGGACGGCAAAAAUGUUUCAUUGUGUUGGAUUGGAAGACUCUUGUGGACCGUUAAUUUCAGACAAUCAUUUUUUGCUGGAAUGUCCACUCCUUAUUUGUGCCUUGUGUUUCAAGAAGACUCUCAGUGGAGAGGGCUGUCAAAUAUUCUUGACAAGAACUAAAUGAAACAGUGUGUUCCCAUUUGAGUCUGAUAUCAGAAUUAUUUUUUUCAUUUGAUUCAGCCAAACUUUUCACACCAGGAGCUGGUUUUUCCCAGCAGAAUGUCCAUUGCUGGCAGUGGGCAUAAUAAUCCAGUCUAUAAGAGAACAUCUACACAGAAGCAUGUGGCUUUAUAAUGAACUUACACUGUUAUUGUAAUAGCCUGAAUUUUUUUUUUUUUUUUUUUUUUUUUUU